AUGGCUGCUCGGCUCCUAGGACGAAUCCAGCGAUUAUGGAGUCCUGACCAUGCUCGCAUCACUGUGGGGGUUGGUGUCUAUCAUCCUACCGACUGGAGGCUUCUCUUAAACGUCCACGUGCAGACAAAGUUCAAAGCGACCGCCUCUAAAGGCAAAAGCAAGUGUGUGGCAGCUGGUCACGCCCGACAUGCAGCUACAUGCGCCUAUGCCGGGUUACAACGGGGCUUCUCACUUGACUUUGGGCGUCUGCCAUUGUGGCCGACGCUGGCACGCAGACACGGCGCUGCAUGGGGUACAGAGUACGCACGCCCUCGGUACCUCUGGUAUGGCGCACCUGGAGGUCUGCAAAGCGCCCCGAGCCGAUCAGGCCAUCAGAAGGUGAACCUUCUUGGUCGGUUUAAUACUCUGCGAGCCCCCAACACCAUCAACCGCACACCUCUUCUGCGCAACUCUUCGCAAACCCAAACCCCCAAAACAAACAGGACAAAACAUAUCCGACACGCAAGCACUCUACGCUCUACGCUCUACUCUCUCACGCCUGGUUGCUCGUCAAAUCAGACCUAAGACGCUAAAAGAAAGGAAGAUACAAGUACGCAACUAUCCUCCGGCCAAGCAUCUGCUAUUGCAGCAGCGUCGCUCAGCAUUUUUGUUCAACACUCCUCGAUUUCCUUUUUUUUUCCCCUCUACUGCCUUGAAUAUCGCGGUUCCGCAAACUUUUCCUCACCGCCCAAGGCCCAACAGGCAAAAAGAGAAAUUGAACCCGACUUCCUAAUUUCAGGCUCUGUCGACCGCCUAACUCACCCAACCUACCCGCAAGGCGCUCUAAGCUGCUGUGUUAGCUGCUACAAGCACCAGACAGCACAGCACAGCACAGCGCAUUCGCCAAAGCUUCGGCGAGCCUCCAGCAA